AUGGCUGAUAUUUAUAAAAAAAUUCCAAUGUUAAUUUCUACAACAUUAGAUCAUUAUUGUAAUGGUCCGCCUCAACCUUCAUGGGAUUUAAAAUUUCAUUUAAUGUUUCAAUUGAGAAAAUCAUUUACAGAUGACUUCAUUGAUCUAACAAUUGAGCAAAAACAAGAAUCUAGUAGACUUCCUGUUCCUAUACCGGCUGGUAUAACGAUAAUUAAAUCUAAAGUAGACAAUGAAUAUAGACAUAAAGCUCAAGUUCAUCUUGAUAAAAUUUUGAAACCUUAUGAACAUGUUUUGGACACCGAAUGGAAAAUUUUGAAAGAGGAUGGGAUUGCUGCUGAUUGGAUUCAGGUUCCUGAUGAUGGAUGGGAAAGAAGAGUUGUUAGGAAAACAAUUUUUUUUUUACAUGGUGGAGCUUAUUUCUUGAGUAGUAAAGAUCGUCAUGUCAAUAUUACUAGCACUCUUGCUAAAAAAGCAGAUGCAAGAGUGUUUGCAAUCAAUUAUAGGCUUGCACCUCAAAACCAAUUUCCUGCCGCAUUACAAGAUGCAUUGGCUGCUUAUAUGUAUCUCUUAAGUCCCCCAAAGGAUGCAGGAUUUGAACCUUUAGAUCCAAAAAAUAUCUUUAUUGCUGGUACUAGUGCCGGUGGUGGUUUAAGUAUAGCUUUGGGACUUGCCUUACGUGAUGCAGGUUUGCCAAUGUGUGCUGGCAUAAUCGGAUGGGCUCCAUGGGUCGACCUUACGCAUAGUUCGCCUUCUUUUUUGAGUAAUAAAUAUGAUAAUAUUGAUUUUGUCAAUAUUUUACUAACCAUGCCAUCAAUUAUACAUGAUAAAAAUAAUCCUCGAGUUACUCAAGUUGAAAUUGAUUAUAUAGAAAAGGCGGCUGCGCUCUCGGAAAAAAUCAAAAAACAAAAUGUUAAACCAAAAAUUUGGCAUGAUUCAUUUGAUAGACCUGAAGGAAGAAUGCAAAUGUAUGUUCCUAAUGAAGGGUUAGCAAUUCCAUAUGUUAGUCCAAUGUUGGCUGAAAGCUUAGGAGAUUUGCCUCCUUUAUAUUUGAUGGCAGGAGGUGCUGAAAGGUUACUUGAAGAAAUCAUUUACUUUGCUCAUAGAUCUGCUGAACCAACUAAAUAUAAAGGUCCAUCUUAUAAUGCUGGUAAAUUUGAAAAAUCUCCAUUCCAUACUCCAACAAAUACUACACUAGAAAUAUACGAAGAAAUGCCACACGUAUUCCAGAUGUUUAACUCUCACGCCUGUAUUGAAAUAUCGUAUAAACAUACAGCAGAAUUCAUUAAUAGAGUUUUAGAUUCUACUAAUAAACCACUUCCUCCGUCAUCUUUCAAUCGUGUAAAUGACAAAGAAGAAAUUAGUCCAUUGAAUGAACAUGAUAAAGAAGUUCUUAAAUGGGAAUAUUUUGGUAUUGUACCAAGUUUUGAUCUCUCUGCAUUCAAAGUUCCUUCACGUAAAUUGUAA